GGUGGUGGUAGGUACAUCAAAUAACAUCAAACUUUGAAGUUUAAACUAUUACUCGAGCUUACCAACCAGCCAACCCUGCAACUGCUUUUCCGUUACUGGUUCUGCAUAAGACCCACCUAGUCUUCAUUUCGACUUACAUUUCUCCUGGAAGUUCAGUUGUUCGUUUCCUUUUCAAUUUUGUUGGAAUCCGUGGCAUUUCUUCAUUGUUGGAUAGUUGGUUAAGGAUCGAUUUAUUUGUUUAUCAAUUCAAUGGCUCAAGAAGUUGUGAACCCAGAAGAGCAGGUUGUUCUCGGGGAAGAAAUAGACAAUAUCGUGAGGAUAAUUACUUUGAACCGGUCUCGUCAACUGAAUGUGAUCAAUUCAAAAGUGGUUUAUCUACUAGCUGAAUACUUGGAAAAAUGGGAGAGGGAUGACAAAGCUAAGCUUAUAUUAGUCAAAGGAGCUGGCCGAGCUUUUUCUGCUGGAGGGGAUUUGAAAAUGUUCUAUGAUGGAAAAACAAUAAAGGAUUCUUGCCUUGAAGUGGUGUACAGAAUGUAUUGGCUAUGCUAUCACAUCCAUACAUACAAGAAAACCCAGGUUGCCCUGGUUAAUGGAAUUGCAAUGGGAGGAGGAGCGUCGUUGAUGACUCCAAUGAAAUUUUCAGUUGUCACUGAGAAAACUGUUUUUGCAACUCCAGAAGCAAGUAUCGGGUUUCAUGUUGAUUGUGGCUUUUCGUACAUUCUUUCCCAUCUGCCUGGUCAUUUGGGGGAAUACUUAGCCUUAACUGGGUCAAGGCUUAAUGGUAAGGAACUGGUUGCAACCGGACUGGCAACCCAUUUUGUCUCUUCUGAGAAAAUGGCAGAUCUGGAGAAGUAUCUGAUUAAAUUGAACUCUGGUGAUGAGAGUGCAAUCAAGUCUGCAAUCGAAGAAUUCUCCUGUGAAGUUCAGCCCAAUGAAGACAGUGUUCUAAACAAGAAGUCGAUAAUUGAUGAGUGCUUUUCCAAGGAUACUGUGGAGGAUAUUAUCAAAUCAUUUGAUACCGAGGCAAGGAAAGAAGGAAAUGAAUGGGUAGGACCAGUCCUCAAGGGGUUGAAAAGAUCAUCUCCUAUUGCACUGAAAAUAACGCUAAGAUCGAUUCGUGAUGGAAGGAAGCAAACACUGGCUGAAUGUCUGAAGAAAGAAUUCAGGCUAACGAUGAACAUAUUGCGAACCACAGUCUCGGCAGAUGUGUAUGAGGGUAUCAGAGCACUCACUAUUGAUAAGGGUACUGCUCCUAAGUGGGAUCCACCAACGUUCGACCAAGUGGAAGAGGGGAUGGUGGACUUGGUAUUUCAGCCAUUUGGAGAGGAUCUGGAGCUCCAGCUACCAGAAAAGGAGGACUGCAGGUGGGAUGGUAAGUACGAGUACUCCCCUUAUGCAACGAAGGUGAGAGAUGAAGAAAAGUAAACUUCUUUGUUGGAAAUUAAGCUUUUUUAUGAACCUGAACGGUUGUAGCUCUACGCAGCAGUAAUGUGCACUUCAGCUGGCUUUUCUUUGCUCAGUUUUUCCUUCGUGUAUUUAAUGGAGUUGGUGUUUGCUAAUAAAAUUACUGCCUUAAUCCUA